GUGAUCCCAGGACAGAGAUAAUCUUGCCUUUUCAGCUCUGCCGCAAUCCGAGAUCACUAAUUACCAAAGCGUUUCGCUUGCGUGCGUGUGCUCCUCAAAACGCUCGGGGGUCUUCUGGCUGUUACGUGAAGCUCCGUCGGGGCGGGGGGGGGGGAUUCGGGCGUCCCGGUUUUCCUGGUGGGGAAGGAGCUGAAGGCGCGUGGGGCUGGUGGCAAGAACCAAAUUGCCGGUGCCCGCGAGGGCGGUGAGGCCGGAGGAGCCGGGCAGCAUCACCGCGCCAGCUCCGGACGUGAAAGCGCCCCGGCAGCCUCUUCCCGACCAGCGGAGAGCGCGGCGAGCUCACGUCCUCCUGCCUCCUUGAAAUUAAUCUCCGUCUUAAGUGCCGACUUUCCUCCUCUUCAAAGCAAACAGCUGCAUCUGAAAGGAUCUGGAAGGGUUUUUCAUACUGGGGAGAACUCUAAAACGUGUCGCGUAGGGUGGGCAGGCUGAGAUGGCUCCGUGUGAAACACCUUCAACGCCCGUAACUCCCGUCACCUUUAAAACAGAGAUUGGCUCGGUUGGGCUCAGCAAAGCAACCCUGGAGCGCUUAACGUGGAUGAUCCCUGUAAUUAUCCAAGUACUUUCCUUGAAAUCUGCUCUUGUACUUCUCGUGAAGCGCAGGUCAGGUUGCCCGCUCGGAAGCCAUGCUUGGAUUUUAAUAGCCAUGUUCCACCUAGCCAUGGACCUCGCCAGUUGCCAGCCCCCAGCCAGCGGCGCCGGCGGGAGGCUCUCGCCACGGCCGGCGCUCCGGCACAGACUGUCCCGCGGCUCGCCGUGGGGCGCGGGGAGCGGGGAGGACCUGCGACGUCCCGGACCCCCCUGGACCUGCGCCCCCGUAACCCCCCCGCAGAGACCCCGCUCCCGCCGGCCGCCCCCCGCCGCCCCGCCGCUGCCCGCCGGCCGCCCCCCGCGCCGGCCACGCUCCCGGAGGGGACGGCGGCACCUGCGCGGCCGCGGCUUCGCCCCCCGGGACGGACGGACCACGGCGCCGCCCGAGGUCAUCGUCUGGGGUCCCACGGGCGAGGAGGACUCCCUGGAGAGCAGCACGCUGCCCGGCGCCUUCGCCGCCACCACCGCCGCCGCCGCCACCGCCGCCGCCACCACCGCCGCCGCCGCUACCGCCGCCGCCACGCCGCCCCGCGCGCCCCCCAGCACCCCGGCGCCCGCGCCCGGCGGGGAUGCGCCCCGCAGCAGCCCCGGCCGCACCAGCACCACCGAGCCGGCCGCCGGCCACGGCAGCAGCGGCGGCAAGGAUGCUCGCCUGCCCCGCGGGCUGGGAGACAGCACAGGUCUGGCGGUUCAUCAGAUAAUCACUAUUACCGUGUCCCUCAUCAUGGUCAUAGCUGCUCUGAUAACAACUCUUGUCUUAAAAAAUUGCUGCGCGCAGAGCGGGCGCCCGCGGCGCAACAGCCACCAGCGCAAGCUGGACCAGCAGGAGGAGAGCUGCCAGAACCUGACCGACUUCGCCCCGGCCCGCGUGCCCAGCGCCCUCGACAUCUUCACCGCCUACAACGAGACGCUGCAGUGCUCCCACGAGUGCGUCCGGACCCCCGUGCCCGUCUACGCGGAGGAGGUGUUGCGCUCGCCCGGGGAUUAUAAAACGACCUUCAACGGAAACAGACCCUCUUCUUCUGACCGGCAUCUUAUUCCCGUGGCCUUUGUGUCUGAGAAAUGGUUUGAAAUCUCCUGCUGACUGGCCGAAGCCUGUUUGACUUCUGGGGGCAGGGCAGACGCCAUCGGGCUGUUUCCUGGAUUCCAUUGGUGAACCUGUAAAAAAUAUAAAAAAAUAAUGGGUUACCUGUACCUACCAUUUCCGUUUACCAGUAGGAGACUCAAAGAGCAGCGUUCUAUGGGCCAAAUAUAUUUUUAUAAAAAUGAACACGCCUAUAGGUAACUGCGUUUUUCAAAGAGCGCGUUUUUUGGAGAAGAGAAAGACAAAUGUGCGAGCAAAGAAUCCUGUGGAGGAAGAGGAACCGGCGAGGGACUGAGAGGGAAGGACUGGGCGCCUGGAGCCUGGACGCGGACUGUGACUCUGAACCUGUGCCAAUAAUACCAUUAUGUGCCACGUACCGAUGCAAAGACUUCGCGAGAAGCCGAAGCUCAGUCGAUAACGCCUAGAAACGUUGUGGAGGACGAGUGGGGCGUCUCUUCUGGUGGGGUCAUUCAUUCCGGUCCAUACGCAUACAUACAUACGAUAUAUGUAGAGAGAAAAUAUAUAUAUACACACACAAACACUUUUUGUACUGUAGCAAUUUUUGGAGAUCUUAAAUACUCAUUUUUAAAGAAGAUGUCAUGGGCUAAAAGUCUCAUUUCUUUAACACGCAUAAUACAAACUAGGUGAACCGAUGUUUUCUACUUUGGCAGCUUGCCUUUCGAACCUAUAUGUGUAUAUAUAGGUAGACAUAUAUACAUAUAUAUACGUAUGUGUGUGUAUGUAUAAACAUAUAUAUGUAUGUAUACAUAUAUAGAGAGAGUUAUAUAUAGUUUUGGUUCUUUUUGGAAAUGCUUUUCCAGUGGUGGCGAAGUGACCGCAGCGGCGAGCGGCGGGGGACGGCCAGGGCCGCGCUGCCGUCACGGCGGGCUGCCGGCGGGGAGCUGGGGAGAGGCUUCCCAAAAACCAGCCGGAGCGCGGCUGCGCUGCCCCGUGGUUCCUCCGGCUCCGGAAGGGAUGGCGGAGCGCUCUGGAGGCUGGUCUGGAACGCAAGGAGAAUGGAAACGGGCUGGGGUUCUAGCUAGAAGGAUGCCUCUGGGCCAAAUUCACAAAGUGCAUUCCUGCUGUCGGAGGCCGGAGGAAGCGUGACGCCGCGGCGAGAGGAGCGGGCAGCAGAGGAGCUCCCCUCUCGCCCGGCCACUUGGCCGUUGCAAGCCCCCUUUCCCCGAUGCGGGAUGCCGCCUGCACGCGGCGGAUCCCGCUCCCGCUCCCCGCGGACCCCGUGUCCGAGACGGUGCUCCCGCACCAUUGCGUUCCCAGGGGCAGGGCGAGCGGGAGCGAGCAGGUCCUCCGGCUCCUGGCGGCUUGAAGCAUCUCGAGGCGGUGGCAAAGGGUAUUUCCACACUUCUGCAGCCCGAUACAUCAUCAGGGGAGAUAGGAAGAAGCCCAAAAGCCUGUGUCUGCCCUUUGUUUCGCGGAGCUGUAUUCGCUGUGACGCCUCGGGGCUGGCCGGGGACGGGUUUUAGGCGUGGGCUUUCAAGGGAGGGCCCUCUCUUGGCACAGGAGACGAGUUUCAGGAGCGGGAUGUGGGAGUUUUUUUGGAAAAUGGCUUUUAGUUUGGCCACGACACCAAAGCUUGCUCAGCCCUUUGUGAGGAACGAGAGAGGAGCGAGCCCGUUGCCUCCUGACCCAGCCCAAGGCCAGCGAGCUCCCGGGAGCCUCUUCCUUUGCUCUCCUGGUCUUGGCUGGGUCUGCCGCGGCAGGAGAAGAUGCAGCCCGCUGUCCACAGUCAUGGGGAUCAUUUGAUAGCAUUAAAAAGGGAAUUUUGCCCAACGGUUUGCCAGGGAAGUACUGUUCUGCUGGCUCUGGUUUGGUGCGUUGCUCUAGGAACACGUCCUGUCAUCCAUCCCCCUCCUGCUGGGGUGGGUGUUUUCGGUGGGUGCCGACGAGCUUGCCAGCCUACCUGUGACCCCCCCCCCCCCCCCCGUCCAAGUCUUUCCACGGAGUCGGGUGCUGCCGGCCAUGCUGUGCCCCUCCAAACCGGUGCGGGUGGGAGAGCCAGGCAGGAGGGGGGGAUGGCGGGUCUCCCAACCUGCCCGGUGUCUCGCCACGGUUUGCUUCUGCUCUUUAACACGUGCCCUGCUCCAAGCCUGGGCUUGCCCACGUAGACCAUGCCAAGGCAAAGCUUGCAGAGGGCUCCCAGGUAACUGCACUGGACGAUUCAUGUGAGGGUCUGCUUCACGUCAGACACCGAGACGGGUCUCGGUUGGGUUGCUUCGACGUUAGGUGGGUGGGAACGACAGCAGAGUUCAGACCAAAGUCCUCCAGUUCUUUUUGUAAACUGCCCUUCGUAAACACUAGCGAUUUUUUAGAAUUGUCCAGAUACAUGUUUCUACUCAUCCGCUAAUUAUUCAGCACCAUUUCUUUAUUGUAACGAACGUGCAGUUUAAAAAAAACCAACAAACUCAGAAACUUCUGGUAUUGUGCAUAGCCACGUGUGUGGUCUCUUGUUUCCGUACCCUUUUCUGUCCUUUUCUGAUGGAGUUGCACAGUCUGGAUUAUUUUUGCUGAAUUUUUGGAAGCUGCCCCGGAAAGAAGUCUUCCUUGCCGGACCUGGUGAUUACCUGCGGACUUGCACCAAAUGCAACCAAAUGUUGCGUUGGCAACAUUCCCCACGACUCCGACGAGCCUCGAGCAUUGCCUCGGGCGAGUUCUGCACCAGGGUCGCUGCCGACCGGCAGCCGGAGAGGAGGAGGGGGGGUUCCUGUUGCUCCUGGCCAGGUUUUAGUCCUUGACUGAACCCGUUCCCUCUCCGGAGGCGGUUUCUUGUGAGCGCUGAGCUGGGCGGGCAUGGGCAGCAGCAGACAUGCGUGUCCCUGGGGCUGGGUCUUGGUGUUGGGGGCUAUUUAACAGGGCUGGGUCCCCUUAGACUUCUCCAGCGGAGCGGAGACCUGCUCUUUUUUUUUUGUGUUUCCUGAGAGCAAACCUUUCCAUCAUAGGGCUGGGCACGGGGCGGGGGGGGGUCUGCUGCGGGGCUCUCAUGUCCGGCUCUCCGGGCCGUUGGGUGGGAUGCCUCCCCGGGAUGCCUCCAGGAGCAGGGGGGGGACAACAGUGUCUCGCUAGAGGAGCGACCCCCCCAAAGCUUUAGCCUUCCCUGAGAAACACGGGGAGUGUUUUCCCUCGGGGUGUCCCAGGGGGUCUGCCCCGAAACGGGGAGGCACGUCGGUGCUGCGUGGGGUCCUGUCCGCGUCGCCGACAGUCUCACGUGCACGCGGGGGGGGCUUGGGCACGCAGCGGGGUGCGAUUAAAAGCGCAGAGCGUUGCCUCGCGUGGGUUACCGAUGCCCCCGCUCAGCGGCUGCGCAGGGGAGCACCCCGGGUGCUGCUCACCCCCAGGGCUGCACUGGAGUGAGGCUUCGUGGCAGCGGGGGUCAGCCAAAACCCGUGCGGGGAGCACGGGUCCCGAGCCACUACUCCAGGGUGAUCCGUCAUCUCGGUAUACCGGGGCUUUUUGUGUUUCACUGGUGUAAACGGUGCAGCCCCCGCAAGUUACCCUUGCUGGCACGGUUUUUGAAUUCUCCUUCUUUGUUUGACUUUGCUGGCAUCAAUCCACUCCAGCUCGGGAGCCGCAUCUGUUGUGCUUCACCCAUUGAUCUUCCUAUUUAUUUGUAUGUGCUGGCUGUACCCAGUAGUUCUUGCAGGUAUUCCAGUGUAAUCUCGACAGCAAUUUGACAUCAUAAAAUAUAUCUCGACUCCCUCGUUCCCGAGCGUUUGAAGCAUCGUUCUGUAUUUCUGUGUGUAUGGAACCUGCUGCCUGAAGGGGAGUCGUCAGGUGGAGCUGGGGGCUUGGCAGGGCGGCGCGGGCAGCGCCGGUGCCGGUGAUGGAGAGGUGCCCUGCCCCGAGCCCGGCACCCGGCUCCCGGGAAAUUCCCUGCGGAGCUGGGGGCAAGGAGGGGGAAGUGUGUCUGUGUGUGUCUGUGUGCGCGUCAGGGAGAGAGAACGAAGGCAAAUAACUUUGACCCCAGGCGACGGGAGCAGGUUUCUGACGGCAGGACUCGCAUGAGCUUUCCACAUAGUCUGCAGAAGGACACGUCCUGGUCACCAAGAGAUGAGCGGUGAACCGGGGAACAAAAGUAGAUGCACAAUCUUCCCUUAUUUAUAAGGACCAACAGCACUUGCACUUUAUCAGAGAAACCCUCCCAUCCCUAUGCAUGCCAAGCACACCAACAAGGGACAACUGCCCGGAGGAAGGAAAGGAGGGGAGGAAGAAGGGAAGGGCCGGAGCUGCAAAUGCGGUGAUUUACGAGGCAGGAUCCUAGCAUCCCAAUGUCUUUCGUAGUCAAGAGAAAUGAACCGUGGUUAUUUCAUUCCCUACUAUUGAUGAAAGCCAAAAAAAAAAAGAAAGAAGUGAAAACAGAAAGUCACAUUUUCAUGAAAUAGACCGGUCGAGCAGAUCCUUCACACCGGGGAAAAAGCAGGCAAGCGGGGCGUUCGCAGACACGUUCCUUCGUGACCUGUGACAUGUUUCGGCCACAUUGUCUGGCCCCAAGGUCUUUUGGCUGCCGCAGCCACAGGCGAUGGCUCUAGAUGGGCUCCUUCCAUCGCUGCCCUUUGCCGGACACAAAGCUUUGUCCUCAGCUGGCGGGAAUUCUGCCGGGGUUCAUCGGCUUGAGCCAGCCCAAAGCUUAUUCAGCAAUAAGGGGGGCAGUUUUGCUAAUGCUCGUGCCACCAGGUACUUUGAAUCGGCUGGAGCCGCUCGCCCGAGCAGCGGGGUCUUGCUCCUGUGCAAGGACAGAGGGGACUUGCGCGUGUUUGGAGAAUUAGGGGUUUUUCUGUUCUCAUUCAGAAGCUGAGCCCGUUUUCCAGCCCGAUAGCGUUGCGCAGGUAGCAGGGAACCAUGGAAUUCCACCGUGAAACACAGCCCUGUGCGCUGGACGGCAUCGUUUGCAUUGCAACGGAUUGAGCCACGGCUUGCGAGCAGCGAGGCCGUGAACGUCCCUUGUGAACGUCCCCGUUGCGCCCGGGGAGGUCACCUCGCUGCGGUGCCGUGCUGGGGAGCCGUGGGCACGCGUGUGGUGGGACGCGAUGGAUGGACAGUAAAUCCAGGGGUGCAGCCCGGACGCGGCAUCGGGCGUCCGCCACUGCCUGGGAAAACUAUGUUGCCGGUGUGCCCUUUCUUUGGAAAACCAGAGCUUUUUACGGUGUUUUGUUUCAUUGUGGAUCUGGCAGCUUGAAAAAAAAAGGUUUGCUCCUUGCUUUGCCGUAAACUUCCAGCUAGCUGCUUCUUGUUGCUUUUCGGUUCAUUUUAUGGAUUUCUUAGCCCCUUGGUAGUUACUAAGAAAUGCGUCACGGCUGCCGAAAGGCUGCCAAAUCCCCCAGAUGUGUGGUGGUGUGUCUGCGUGUUGGUUGUGGCUCUGUCUUAGAGAGAAAAACGGCUUGGGGCGAGCCCUUCUCACCGCCAGCCUCUGCAGGGAGCCGGCAAAGCCGGCUGCUCCUGUGCCGGGACGGCGGCUGCUCUGCUCCCCCCGGCAGAGGAGAGGCUGGCUCUCCCUCGGGCUCUGAGCAAGCCCAGACCUCCCGGGGCUGCGCGGGACCUUUCCUCCGUCAAAGUCCCUUGCAGGCGCCGAGCAGGAGCUGCAGGACUUUCUGCUCCCGCCGAGCCGCGGAUUCGGCGCGACUGCUUGGGCGAGGGCUGCCCGCUGCGGCCGGCGCCGGUGGGCUCUUCGCUGCGCCAAACUAAGCUGGUUUGGGGCUACCGGUCCCGGCUACCGUGUCGCGGCGCCUCGGGGUACGGCGGGCGGAUCGGUAGGGUUCGGUACCCAAGCCCCUGGUUUUCACAAACCGGGGUGUCCCGAGGGCAGCGUCGUCCCGUAGCAUCCGCGGGCGCGCGGGGCAGAGCGGGUCCCGGGCGGCUGCCCAUCUCUCCGCAUCUGAUCGUUUACCUUCACUCUGUCUUCCCAGCUAGAGAUAAAGGGCAGCCCGCCGCGGCGGCGGCGGCGGCGGAGGGGCCGUGCGGGAAGCGCGCUCCGCCGCGCUCCCCAGCCUCUGCGCCCUUCGCCGGCCGGGAGGUCGGAGCAGCAACGGCAAAACCAGCGCGGGGAGAGCGCGCGGGGGCGGAUUUCAGGUUACCUCUUCUCCAUUGGCAGCUUGUUGUGAAGGAAGGUAGUUCAGCUCAAAUGGUAGUUAAAUAGUAGAUAUUCUACACAUAUUAUAUAUUUUGUAAAAAAAAAAAAAAAAUAAAAUAGAACAAAAAUAUAUAUAUACUAUCUCAGCCCACCCAUUUCAGGAUGAAUGUGGUUGGAAUUUUGGUUCAACCAGGUAUAAAAUCUGUAAGCGAUUUUUUCAAAACCAGCAAGAAAUCCCUCACCAUUUCAGAAGUCCGUGGGUUUGGUCUCCAGAUCUCAUGUAACGCUUCUCACGCAUUUUUAAGAAUUAUUCUCAGCGUUUGUAGGUACAUUUUUAAUAGUGUCGCGAGUGGAGAUAAUAUUUCCUUUGAGAAAAAGUCUAUGUUGCACAAAAAUGUACACUAAGGGCACAGAUUUCUGACCCAGAUUCUUCUAUUUUAGGUUCCGAGGGGUUUAUUUUUUUGUUUGAUAGGACAUGUACAGUGAAGUUUACACUUUAUUUUUAUUUUGCCAAAACCCGUUUUCUAACAUGAGACAGCUUUUACUUUGUAACCGGUUUGACAUCACUGAGUACUUCUUUCUUUUCCUGGGAAAAUCCUGCACCGAGAGACAUCCCGCCCGUACGUGGGCGAUGCGCUUGAGGCCGUCGCCGGCAGAAGCGGCCGUCGCCUGUCGGCGUCGCGGUUGCCCCCGGCGCGGCCGCGGUGCGAGCCGGGGCGAUGGCGGCGGGGAGCUGGCUGCCCCGGGGGGGGGGCCGGGCAGGCGAGAACUGUUUUCUUCCCGAGUGGUUUUUAAUUUGUCUCUGUACUUCGAAGCUGUGUAUUUGGAAGCACUGUAAAUGCCACCCUAUACCGAUUUCCCUGUGUAUAUUUAGUACUCUGAUGUUGCUAUUAAAACUGAUAUGAGAACCGC